ACCAAACAGAAAAGAAGUCCAUCCUGCCUACGGACGGACGGACACACGCAACACUUAUACACACUUGUUCUUCCUCCCAUCUUCUUCUUCUUCUUCUUCUUCUUCCUCCCUCCCCCCUCCGCCUAUCACACACACCACUAGCUAGCUCCCUACCCGGCGGCGGCGGGGCGCAGCACUAGCCAGCUACAGCGUCCUCCCGCUGCCGCUGCCCUACUCUAAUCUCAAGCUGUCCCCUGCCAUCAAUCAUCGGACGCAUCGCCCGGAAUUAAAGAGGUGGUCUGGUGGUGGUUAGUGGAGGGGAGGGGAUCGAUUCGAUUCGAUUCAAUACUCUCAGCGAGUCAAAGCGCCACUUUUUUUCGUUUUCUUUCCAAUUCGUCCACUGAAUUUCGAUUGAUUGAACAAGAGAGGAAAGCAUUCAUUGGCUGAUUGGUUAAUCCAAAAGGGAGACGCCCCGCCUCCUUUCAGAUGGAUGCCACCAAGCAGCAGCAGCAACAGCACGACGAGGAAGCCCUUCCCAACUGUUUACCUUCUGCCUCUGCUUCUUCUUCCUGGGCGUCCACCUCUUCUUCCUCCUCUUGCCUGCCUGCUCCAGGGGACACCGACAGGGCGCCGCUACUGCCCACCAAGAUGGCUGAUGAGAACGGCAAGCAGGGCAGCGCCCGCGUCGACGUCUCCGAGGACACUGCGCACCAGAUUAGCGUUGAUCCUUGGUAUCAAGUUGGAUUCGUGCUGACAACAGGAGUCAAUAGUGCAUAUGUUCUAGGAUACUCUGGGUCGAUUAUGGUCCCUUUAGGCUGGAUCGGUGGAACAUGCGGCUUGAUCCUGGCUGCUGCAAUAUCGAUGUAUGCAAAUGCCCUACUAGGCCGACUUCAUGAAAUUGGCGGCAAACGCCAUAUCAGAUACAGAGAUCUUGCUGGACACAUAUACGGAAGAAAAAUGUAUGCACUUACUUGGGCUCUACAAUAUAUUAAUCUUUUCAUGAUCAACACCGGCUUUAUCAUCUUAGCUGGCCAAGCACUAAAGGCAAUAUAUGUACUCUUUAGAGAUGAUGGACUUCUAAAACUUCCCUACUGCAUAGCAUUAUCUGGGUUUGUCUGUGCACUUUUUGCAUUUGGAAUUCCUUAUCUUUCUGCUCUACGGAUUUGGUUGGGAUUCUCCACAAUUUUCAGUCUAAUUUAUAUUGUGAUAGCAUUUGUGCUGUCGCUUAGAGAUGGUAUAACUGCACCUGCAAAGGAUUACAGUAUUCCUGGAUCACAGUCAACUAGAAUCUUCACUACGAUAGGUGCUGUAGCAAAUCUUGUUUUUGCAUACAACACUGGGAUGCUGCCAGAAAUUCAAGCAACCAUCAGGCCUCCUGUGGUCAAGAACAUGGAGAAGGCUCUCUGGUUCCAAUUCACCGUUGGUUCGUUGCCUCUUUAUGCUGUGACGUUUAUGGGUUACUGGGCUUACGGCUCGUCAACGUCAAGUUACCUACUGAAUAGCGUCAACGGCCCAGUUUGGAUAAAAAUGAUUGCAAAUCUCUCGGCCUUUCUGCAGACCGUCAUAGCAUUACAUAUAUUUGCAAGCCCAAUGUACGAGUACUUGGACACAAGAUUCGGCAGCGGCCAAGGUGGGCCUUUUGCGUUCCACAAUGUUGUGUUCAGAGUUGGUGUGAGAGGAGGCUACCUGACGGUGAACACGCUGGUGGCUGCAAUGCUACCGUUCCUCGGUGACUUCAUGAGCCUGACGGGCGCCCUGAGCACCUUCCCGCUCACGUUUGUUCUCGCAAACCACAUGUACCUGAUGGUGAAGGGGCCCAAGCUGUCUGGCUUCCAGAGAGGUUGGCACUGGCUGAAUGUUGUUGGGUUCAGCUUGUUGGCUAUCACGGCUGCAGUUGCCGCGCUUAGGCUUAUCAUGGCUGAUUCCAGCACUUACCACUUAUUCGCUGAUAUGUGAAGCCCCCUUUUUUCUAAUCAGUUUCGUGUAAUGUUUUUUUGGGGGUUAGGUAUAGUAUUUGAAGCGCUCAGUAUAUUGAAAUAAAACAGCAUCAUCAAUGAUUGAACGAAAUUAAUGUGCCAAUAUAUUUGGUUGGCUAAA